AUUACUUUGGGUUGGAGCGGUUUAGCAGCGCCCCUCUACGCAUUGACGUAGCACUGGAUCCCUCCCCUGAUGGAAGCUUCUGAGUACAUGGAGCGGUACUGACAGCAGAGUAAGGUUUAACCCAUUCACUGCUACUGAGGGUCUUCAAGACAACAAAGUAAAUGAAGCUUUAAUCUGUUGGAGAAGAGCACUAUUCUGAGGAGCAAAAUGGCUGGUUUCCUGGAUAAUUUCCGAUGGCCGGAGUGCGAGUGUAUUGAUUGGGGUGAAAAGAGAAACACAAUUGCGUCUGUGGUUGCAGGUGUGCUGUUUUCCUCAGGAUGGUGGAUUAUGAUAGAUGCUGCUGUGGCCUAUCCUUCCUCGAAUGAGCUGAACCAUGCCUUCCACACCUGCGGGGUGUUCUCUACGCUCGCUUUCUUCAUGAUAAAUGCUGUGUCAAAUGCACAAGUGCGUGGGGACAGUUACAGUGAUGGCUGUUUAGGGCGUACAGGUGCCCGUAUCUGGCUAUUCAUUGGCUUUAUGCUGAUGUUUGGAUCAUUAAUCGCAUCUAUGUGGAUUCUUUUUGGUGCUUACGUGACUCAAGGAGUAAAUGUUUAUCCUGGGCUGGCUGUGUUUUUCCAGAAUGCGUUAAUAUUUUUUAGCACCCUGAUCUACAAGUUUGGAAGGACAGAAGAACUGUGGGCCUAAGAAUAUGGUUGCUCUUGGUUUGAAUGCAAUGAAGCUAUUUGAUAUAUUUUCGUAAUAUAUUUUUUUUCAUUGUAAAUGUUACAGAUGCAUUCAGUUGUGUUAUUUAGCUAAUUUGUUUUAGUUUAAUCCCAAUGCAUAUCAGUUGUUUUAAAAUAAUUGACCCUUUUAAUAGAUAAUAUAUUUGAGAAAAGAUGUACAUUUCAAAGCUUCUUUAUUGUGACAGAUAUAUAUUUCUAGAAAUUAUUGUUUUAUUUAUCUGUUUUUGUUAAUAUUCUGUUCCUGCAACACUACUGUUUUGGCAUAUCUGGGACUGACAAAUUAAUGUAGAUAUUCUAACAAAAUGUAAGCGCAGAGUAUUAAUUCUAUAAUUAAAGAUUGUUCUCUUGAAAACUAAUGCAGCUAAAUAAAAUUCAGACACUUAAAACUACUUUACUAAAAUCUGAGGUCAAAUUGAUUUGAGAUUUCUCCAAUCCAAAAAUCUGACGCUUAGGUGGCUGCUGAACACAAAGUGUUAAUGGUUAUUAAUGGUCAGAAUGUGUUGAUUGCCUCCCAGAAUAUUCUCCUUUUUGUUUAGAAUGAGGGUAUAAUUCACCCCCAGCUUUCAAGCAGCAGUCAUUCCAAGUAUAAAGCUUGAGCAUUGCCAACAUUGAAAUGUGCAAGGAUGCAUUUCAGUUUUAAAUAGCAUUUUUGCAAUCUACUUCCAUAAGUAAAAAUGAUUCAAGGUAGUUAUUACUGUUUUUCAGAAGCAUACACACAUAUGCUGCUAGGGCCCGUGCUCCUGUAUUUAAACACCAUGUCUUCUCAGAGAGUCAGCAGUGGCUUGUAUGAUAAAAACUGUCGUCACAUGCACAAUAUGCGCGAGCUCGCUGAACUUGAAUACUGGUGCACGGGGACUUACAGCUUAUAGUGGAAGUAUAUGCAAAAAUGCCCUUAUAGUGGAAGUAUAUGCAAAAAUGCCCCUAUUUCCAAUUGAAAUGCAGUCAUGCACAUUUCAAUUUUAUCCUUUUUAUCCCUAUAAAAACCAAAAAACAAACCCACUGAUCUCAUGGCCCUGCUAGCAAGAAAGGUGAUUUGUAUAUCUGUUUGUGUUCAAAUCUAAAGUGCUUUUAGACCAUUGUAUUUAUGUGCAUAGUGCUAUACAUGGGAUGAAUCUAGUCAAGUUUGGGCCAUCUUAUUGGCUGGAAGGAAUCUUCUAUUUUAUGAGGGCAUCCAAAAAGCAAGCCUUUUGGAUUUGAUGCCUUUAAUUUUAUAAAGUUCUGUGGCCACAUCAAUAUAACUACACAUACUAUGCUGCCUAAAUGAUUUUCAUUGGCUUAUUUCAAGUUUUUUUGUUUUUUUUUUGACAAUUAGUUUAGAUUUAUUCAUAAUUAACCCCUGUAUAGGAAGACUUAUACUGCACUUGCAUUGGGAAAUACUUGCCAUAAUGUUUGUGUUUUUUUCUAAGAAGGAAAGCUGUUCUAAUUGACUGAAUCACCACUAAUGAUGGACAGCGUUAAAGCAAGAUUAAAGAAAUAUAUAUUUUUAAAGUGAACUUGUGAUUCUAGCUUCAGGAAUCGGCAUCAAUUUAUUUAAUAAAGAUUAGUCUGGAAUGAAUUUCUGCAUGUUAAUGAGUUUCACACAUGCCACAAGUAGUUAUUGAUGCUUGAAGUUAGGAGAUUUACAGUUUUACCUCUACCUCCUUUUUCAUUGUUGGUUACUCAUAUUGUACUAGACAGGUGUAUACAUUACUGGGAUGCAAUAUUAUAAUUGUAUUUUUUGAUUUUAAUAAAGUGCCAUGUAUA